AUGGAAGAAUACGGCAAGGAUAUCAUUCAAGGAACGUGUUUAGAGAUGUGUCCUGCAAGUGAAGUUUCUUCCAGAGAGAAACAGCGGAGACUUCACUUCUUUGAAACUGUUGCUUUUACCAGUCCAUCUCGUUGUAGCGAACACCAUCUUGGCAAGUUGAUUGCAGACCCCCGAGCAGUUAUAAAGGAAUUUUCGCGCUCAGCAGCGGGAAGAUCUAUUGAUCCAUCAGAACUACGACCAGCGAAUGUCCUUUUAAGCACCAUGAAUUACUUAAUCGAGGAAAUCGCCUCCAAAGAUAAUACCUAUUCUUGGCAAAUGAUAUACUGGUUUAUAUUCGACCGAGCAAGAGCCAUAAGGCAAGAUUUGGUAGUUCAGAGAAUCAUUGGAAAACCUGUGAUGGAAAUCUUUGAAAGAAUUUGCAGGUUUCAUAUUUUAUCGGGUUACAGACUGUGUGAAAGUCCACUAGAUGCUUUUGAUCCAAAAAUUAACAAUGAUCACACAAAUGAAUGUUUGAAGAGACUUCUGUGCUUCUAUGACGAGGAAGACCCUUUUGCUUAUCGAGACACAAGAGCAGAAUUUGAAGCAUACUACCUCUUGCACAAUCUCGGCUCUUUUGAAGCCUUAAAUCGCGCUGUGAACUUGCCGAAAGAAGUCAAAAACAGCUGUCUAUUACAGCUAGCUUUUGACAUCACGACAUGCAUAAUGCUUAAGAACUUUGUUCGAUUCUUUAGACUGGUGAAAAGGCUGCCAUUCCUAGCAUGCUGUGCUGUUCAUAAACACAUGCAACAAGUGAGAGGAGAUGCUCUCGCUGCCAUCAACACCGCAUACUUUUGUCGCAACGCAAGUCUGCCCUUGGCCCUGCUUCUUGACAUGUUAAAUUUCGAUAACGCUCAAGAUGCUGGUGAAUUUUGUUCGCAUUUUGGUAUGGAAGUAUCGGGAACAUCUGUGAAGCUUGUCAAAGGCAACUUGAACAGUUUAAAAAGCAGCGAUGCUCCACUAAUCAGAGCAAGAUUUUCAAAUUUGAUAGAUACCAAACUGACCUUAACCACUCGUGACUUACUGAAUGGGAAAUGUAGUGAAACUAAAGCACUUGUCAAAAGCUCAGUCCCUGAGUUGGUUUCUCUGACCUUUGGGAAAGGAAUUUGCAUCGACCAAAAUGCAGCCAUUGUAGAACCUCGUUCAGUUGUUAAACCAGCGUUUAAUCCGCAGAAACAAAGCUAUUUUGGCAGGGGAAGAGGACGAGGCAGAGGAAAAAAGCCAGUUUAUUAG